CUGGAAGUCGGGAAUUAUCUGUGAUUAUUUAUUUUCUUAAACGUUUUCAUUCUUCGUAACACGCGAACCAGACACACAUAACUGCACGUAUGUUUGUGUGUUUUAUUUCUUUGCGUUUUUAGUGACAGAAUUCGUUGUCUUCCUAUUUUAGUGAAAAAAGAACGGCCAAAAAAAAAAAAAACUACUGAAAUUCAGAAAACAUGGAGACAAGAAGGGAAGGACCCGACUAAGCCAAAGUUUCCAAACAAAUAAUUCCAGAAAUGAGGGGAAUUCUCUCGCGGAAGGAAAAUAUGUGUUGCACAUCCGUCGAGUUUGUAUUGAUUUCGUCGCGGCUUUGAAACAAAACCGUUUUGAACGGAAUUCCUGAAUUGGGAACUACACCGCUGCAUAUGAGCCCGUCCCUCGCGCAAACAUCAAAGGAUUUUCAACGUGUUCUGACGGAAUUUGUUUUUCUUUUUCGAAAGUUGGACUACCUAGGGAAUUACAAUGAAAGAUUGGACCGUGUGAAUGUUUAAAUCAAUCAUUUGAGUAAAACUACACAGAUCGGAGUGGCCAGACACAUUCUUAUGGUGGAAAAAAAGUCCAUUCAGUGUGUUUAAGGGCCUAAAAAUAUUAAAUACUUUUAGUUUACCGACUUACUUUAGUGUUACAAUACCGAUACAGUUGGUUGUGCAGUCUGUACCUCAAACUUACGUGUUUUUACAGUACUGAGAUUUCCGCCUAUGGGAUUAGCUUCACUUUAGGAAUGCCGAAUUGGAAGUAUUUCAAUGGAGAACGAUAGAGAGUUACGUCUUAACAUUUGUAGUAACAUUUGGGACUGUAACAUUUCCACUGAAUGACUGAAGACCAUUGGACUCACUCGACAUGCAACCGGACAGUCGGUGUAAUUUCUAAGGCAACAUAUUAACAGCAGCUUGUUUCGCUGUAGUUAUUCCAGUUUAGGUUGGGAUCAACAGAGGCGACUGUAUCCACACAGGCAAAGGGGAUCUGUCGGUCUGUGUGGAGGCAUUUUGGCUGUAAAGCGUCUCGCUACAGACAGAGAGUUUUCUCCAUUGAUCAUCUAUCGAUUUCCUUUGCGUUUGUGCUCUCCUGAAGAGCCACAGUCAAAUGACUCGGACUACUACAACCAAGACACAUAAACCUGUGCUUUUAUUCAAGAGGAGAAGACAUUCCUGCACAUAUAGACAGACGAACUGUCAAUGCGCCACCCGGUUGUUGUUGUUUAUUGUUUCAUCUUUCAAACGCAAAGGUGUUUUAGCAUGGUGAAAUGCUGAUUGGAUAAGAGCUGAAGAAAAUCAAAGAAAGAAAAGCCCAAUGAGCGGCACACAGUCCACGCUUGCUGAGAGGUUUCCAAAAAAAGCGAGCAGGACAGGAAGUAUUCUCAGCAAAGACCAUCCCCCAGACAAGAAGCCCAAGAGCGACAAGGCAUCAGUCCCCUCCUCGCAUGAGUUUGACCCCACAGGGCUCGUGCAGCGUUGUGUUAUCAUCCAGAAAGAUGAGAAUGGCUUUGGGCUGACAGUGAGUGGAGAUAACCCUGUGUUUGUUCAGCUAGUGAAAGAGGAUGGAGCUGCCAUGCGAGCUGGUGUUCAGACAGGCGACCGAAUCAUAAAGGUCAACGGGACAUUAGUAACACAUUCAAAUCAUGUAGAAGUCGUAAAGCUAAUAAAAUCGGGUUCCUAUGUAGCCCUGACCGUGUUGGGGAGACCGCCGGGACUGUCUCAGAUACCCCUGUCGGAUGGUGAGGGUGAGGAGGGGCCUCUCUUCUCACUCACUUCCCCUCACUCCCCUGGACCCAUCGGCCCAGACCGCUCCUCUUCCUCGCCCAGCCCCUCAGAGCGCAAAUCAGCCCCUCUGUCUUUAUGGGCCAUGACGGAGGAGUACAGCAGGAUCCCCACACCUAAACUACUGAAGGAAAUCCAGGAAGCCAAGAAGCACAAUCCACAGCUCCAGGAGCAGUUCAGCAAGCCCACUGGGACUGGACAGGACGGCUCCUUAUCUCCAAGGCCUGGUGAAAGAGAACUGGAGGAUGGAGCGGGUGACUUCAAUCGCCCCCCUUCCUGGCAGGGCAAUGCAGGAACGGAGCCGUCAUGGACCAACAACACAACAAGCCCUAUUACUCCUAGUUCUGUCCCAGAGAGCCCAUGCCAAAGAGAGACCCCCUGCCACAGCCCAAAGACCACACCCCAUGACAGCCUCAACUCUUGCCCUUCACCGGAUGCUGAAGACACGCCUGAUCUAGACUCUCAGUCAAGUGUGGGGAGCCCCUCCUCUCGUGUGGUCCCAAGUAUCAUUGGUGCUGAGGAUGAUGACUUUGACACAGAGCAGGAACAGAUGAAUGGCCUGUGUAGCUGUUUUCAGAGCAUAGACCUCCUGAAGUCUCGGCCAGCUCACCUGGCAGCUUUCAUCCAUCAUGUGGUCUCUCAGUUUGACCCUGCACCGCUGCUGUGCUACCUCUACACUGAACUCUACAAGCAGACCAGCUCCAAAGAAACACGCCGAAUCCUCAUGGAUACCUUCUUCAUGGACAAAACAGCCAGUUUGAAAGUUACAGUGCCUGAAUCCAUCAUAGCUGACUUGGAGCGGACUGCACACUCGAUUAACGCCGAACGGAAGAGACCCGAGCCCAUUUCAGAGGACGCCCACAGACAGUACGUUCAGCAGCUGCAGGACACACUUCUACCUGACAUCCAGAAAAAUCUAGAGGACUUUAGACACAAACGCAGUAUGGGUCUGACGCUGGCGGAAGCAGAGCUGAACCGUCUGGACACUGAGAGAAUGAGAGACCGGGCGGCUCUGGAGAAAGAGCGAUCCUGCGCAGAGCACAUCAUUUCCAAGUUAGAGGACGUUCUAUUGACGUCACAGCCCACAGAGGAAGAUAAGUGUACCACAAUACAGUUUGUGAUACUGUCUUAUAUGAAGCAGUUGGGUGUUAAAGUGAAAGAGUCUCGAGGGCUGGAGCACAAGCCCAAACUAAUGAACCUUUUCCCUAAGAUAAAGAAGAGUAUAAAGCCUGAGAAAGAUGGAAGUGAGGAGAAAUCCAAGAAACCACGAUUUUCUGGUGUCUUCCCUCCAAGACGGCCGAGCGCGAUUAAUGCAUCUUCACUUAGCAAGGCUCUGGAGUUGAGACAGCGCUCACAGAAGCCUCAAUUGCCGUUGGGUGUGGGGGAGCAGGCAGAAGGGUCGUCUCCUCCGGUACGGGGCAGUCAGUCCAGUGAAGGCUCAGAUGGCACUGCUACCCUGGUCACAUCACCUCCUCACAGUGCACCAGCUGCACAGAGCUCCGACAGCAUCAGCCGAGAUUCUGACACUGGUGGAGUUCCUUCUUCAGCACUGUCCAGACUGGGAGAUGGUGCUGUCCCAGGAGACCCACAGGACUCGUCGUCUUCAAACACUCACUUUGACUUCAGCCCCUGUACCCUGGAACAUCUGCAGGAGGAGGAGCCUGAGACAGACAAGGCGCAGGACACAGGGACCCCCAGGCCUGACAGGAGAAUGGAGGCGCUGGGCUCUGGAGAUGUUCAAAGUGAAGAUGAUCAGGUAGCUGAUGUGGAGCUGGAGCAUCCUCACUGGCAGACGAUGGUGAGCAGAGACGUGUUGGCCACACUCACCCCUCAGGAAAUCAAGAGACAGGAAGUCAUGAACGAGUUGUUCUAUACUGAGAGAGCACAUGUGAGGAUGCUGAGGGUUCUGGACACUGUGUUUUACCAGCCACUGAGCAAAGAGACCAUCCUGCCUCCUGCAGACAUCAAAAACAUCUUCACCAACCUCGACGAGAUCCUUCAGCUGCACAUUUCCUUAAUGGAACAAAUGACAACCAUUCGGAAAAAGAAUGAGACGGUGGUAAUUGACACAGUAGGAGAUGAUCUGCUGUCCUGGUUCAGUGGGGAAGAGGAAGAGAAGAUCAAGAGAGCAACAGGCACAUACUGCAGUAAUCAGCCUUUCGCACUGGAACUCAUCAAGAGCAAACAGAAGAAAGACCAGCGCUUCAACUCUUUCAUACAGGAGGCGGAGAGCAACCGAAAUUGCCGCAGGCUGCAGCUGAAGGACAUUAUUCCUGUGGAGACACAGAGACUCACAAAGUAUCCUCUUCUGCUGGAGAACAUCGCCAAAUACACAGAGGACCCAGAGGAGAGAAGUAAAGUGAAACAGGCUGGCGAGUGCUGCAGAAAAAUCCUCACUCACGUCAACCAGGAGGUGAAAGAAGCAGAGAACAAACAGAGGUUAGAAGACUACCAGAGACGACUGGACCUGUCCUCACUGAAGCAGAGCGAGAAUCCCAUGAUCUCUGAGUUUAAGAAUUUGGACUUGACUAAGAGGAAAAUGGUGCAUGAAGGACCCUUAUCCUGGAAAGUCAACAAAGACAAAACUAUUGAGCUGUACACACUGCUGCUGGAGGAUAUCUUGGUGCUACUUCAGCGGCAGGAUGAGAAGUUGAUCUUAAAAUGUCACAGUAAGAAUCUGGCUGGAACCGCAGAGACCAAACACAUCUUCAGCCCCAUCAUCAAACUUAGCACAGUGAUGGUGCGCUCAGUCGCCACCGACAACAGGUCAUUCUUUGUGAUCUCUAUGUCUGAUAAUGGAGCCCAUAUCUACGAGUUAAUGGCCCAGACUGUAUCUGAGCAGAGGACGUGGCAGUGUCUAAUUACACAAAGAGCAGACUGCAUGAAGACCAAACUACACAACAUCAUUCCAUUACCACAGACUGAUGGGGAACGUGAAGAGGUUGAGUUGAUGAACUCUGGUGUUCAGAAGCUUAAAGACUCUGAGCCCAUUUCCUUAGGGAGCAUUCAGUCACCAGGCCUAGAGAAAGACGACACCGAGGUCAUGCAAACCCCACCAAUUAGCACCAACCCAUUUGAGACCAAAUCAGAUGAGGAAGAGGAGGAGAAUAAAAGCUCACUACAGGAUCGGGGUGAAGAUGAUGAAGCAUUCUUAGUGGCUGAUCUGACUGAGAGACUGACAUUCCUGAAGCAGCGCUCGAGGCAGGGCAUCGCCAUAGAUGAGGACGAGGCCGAAGCCUUUGAGCUCCAGCCGCUGAGAGCGGAUGAAGCUCUCAGAACAUUGGCAGCACUGAGACAGCUCCUGAUCAACCAUGUGUCUAGUCAGGAGGACACAGACAGAGACACUGAGAGAGAAGAGCAUCAAGAGCAUGUGCAGAGGACGACCUUCCAGCAGGGGACACAGGACAGCACUGUGAGUGGGUCCUCCAUUGAGAAUGGCACUGAGAGGUCAGAAAGAGGCGAGACCAGAGGAGGGAACACACAGGAACUGCCUUCUGGAGACACAGGCUUCUUUGAGACACCUGAAGAUUGUGUCUCAGCAGGCAGUUAUAUGGUGCUGGAGGGGUACGGAGGCUCUGGUGAGAGCAGCACAGAUGAUGAUGUUAUGGGCAGCAGCUUGGAGCCAGUGGCUGGUAGAGACUCAGGUAUUGACUUGAAGAAGCUCCUCUCUUCCUCGUCCCAGAGCAGUGCAGGACCAAACCUCAACAGACAGAUCAUGACUCACAUACGUCUACUACAGGUCAACCUGCAACACCUGAAGGAUAUAGAGAUCAAGUAUAAUCAACUAUGCCAAAGGCUAUCAGAGGAAAAAGCUACAGACACAGAGGAAAACAAAGAUGAAAGUUAGUGACGUGGGGCUCUCUCUCUCAUCUGUUUAUUCAGACCAGAGAAGACACAGAGACACUGAUAAUUCUGUUCAACAGCCUGCUCUAGCAAAGUCCUUAUACGAUGAUGCUGCACAGCAGCCGUGCAGAGACAGAAUGGACAGGAGAUCUUGAGUUUCCAUUCGCACACUCACAAUACAGGACGGAUCAAGUCACUCUCCAAAUCGCUGUCCAUCUGCAUACCAGCAGAUCAAAUCAUGGUACUCUGACAGCGAUGGCCAUGUAAGCAAACGUCACUGCCUCUCACUCAAGCACAUGCAUCAUUCCUUGAGAAAGACUCCUAGUAGCCAAAUAAACCAGAUUUUUCUUGAACAUUGGAUGAAACAAAAAACAUUGGCGUGAAUCUGCAAAUGUCUGCUCCAAGAUAUCCAUUCUACUUACUGGUGGUAUUAAGAUUCUACAUGCAAACAGGGAUGUGCGGCACUGCCUGCUUAUUCUGACUGGAUGAGAUUAGAGUCAAUGUUAGCCAGUGAAAAUACAGCAUGAGUGUCACAAGAAGUUUUAUUGAGCUAUCGUCACAGAUAUUUGACCUAACCUUGUCUCAAGUGAAUUAGAAGGAUCAUCCACAGCAUGUUUGCUUUAUAAGGAUGGCAGAGCAGAAUGUUCAAACAUAUUUUCAAAAUGGUAUGUAGUACGUGCGAUUGAAAUAUUUAGAGACAGCGAGUGGUGUCGAAAAUGUUUUGAUUGAAGUCCUGUAACUCUAGAGCGCUGCAAGUCGAUGUACAGAGAAUAUUAACUUAAUCAUCAUGAGCGUUCUUAAAAUCAUGUUUCUCUUAGAGGAGAGCCCAGAGGCUUGGCUGAUACUUUUGGUAUCUUGCUGCUCUAAGAUAUGACGCGGAGUAAAAUGCUGUCUGGCAACGAAGGCGCGUGACGCUAGCAUCUAAUACCGUGACAUCAUAAGGAGUCUGAGAAAGGGCUGUGGAUUGUUGCGCUACUCAUUCCUCAAUUAAUAAACCACAUUCUGUUUAAUGAAGCUACUGAAAGAGUUUUCUCUGGCUUAUGGCCGUGAGUAAACCGGAACUUUCCUUAUGUCAUGGGGUUGGGCUCGAGCCGACCUGUCUUGUGGUUUGAGAAUGAAGGUAAAUAGAAAGAAGCUUCAAUGCAGGAACUAGAUAAAGACCCUUGAUGGUCCAUUUUAAAUGUAAUGUAUUGUACAAUUAUGACCAACACUGCAUCUCUUACAGAGACUGGAUUUUGUUUGAUUUUUUCUUCUUUUGCUUUCUAAAGCAUUCAGUCAUGUAUUAUUUUAACAGAAACUACUAAAAAGAAGAAAAAUGUAAUCCUUUUAAUAUUAAUGUAAUCUGUAUUUUUAUUAUCUGUCUAGAUGUUUGAGGUAUUUUAUUAUAUUAUUAUGGAGCAUUAUUAAUAUGUUCUUGGCUUUCCGUUGAGAACAUGAAUAGCUCUGAAUAGAUGAGAUUCUAUUAAACUUUGAUGUAUUGUUCAAAGAUGAUAUUGCACAUUGUGUCUUCGUUUUAUCACAUAUAUCUUUGAGGAGAGCGGGAAGAUACUUUGUUUUAGAUUUAUGACCAAAAAGAAAAAUACACAACUUCAUUUGUAGUAGAUAUAUUCAAUAAACUGGAAACACAAAUGGUGUAUUUAAUGUCUUGUCCAAAUAAAUACUUUGUAAGCCUUAAGACCGGCUGAAAUGAAAACAUUACGAGUAUUUGUAUUUAAUGAUCAAAACUGGUGCUAAAUUAAACACCAAGUAUGCUAAUUAUUGGCCUAUAAGUAUUUCUCAAUAUGAGAUAUUCAAUAUACACACAAACACUUUCCAUGACACAACUGUCCAUAAAUGAAGAUGCUAUGCUUGACUGUGGACAUGCUAACAUUUGUCAUUUUCUGGAAAUGACAGUUUGCCAUAAACAGUUG